UCUUGUUUUUUACUCUUACUUUUGUUCUGAGUUGAACUUCAUAUUCCAAGCUACCAGUUUUUACAACAAAUUGUAGCAAUUGUUCCCCCAUUAUGCUACUCAAAACUUUUGUAGUACUAUUAGGAUUUGAACUUAUUCUACUUUACUCUGGAUUGGGAAAUGGUGCUAUCACUAACUUUCAGUGUACUGAUGGGCCAGUAUGUGCAGGGGAUAGAAUAGAAUGCAACUGCACAACAGAUACUGGUGCUCUAGGCUGGUUCAUAAGUUAUCGUCACAUAGACCAUGUAAUGUGGAACCAAAUCCUAAGUGUUUCAUUCAAUAAAGUUACAACUAAGAAUGAAGAAUAUCAUUAUGGUUAUAAUUUCACAUUUAAUACAACUUACACGGGCCUGAACACUUCAAUACUGACCUUUAAUCUUAAUCACUCUGAGAGUGUACAUAUUGAGUGUGCAAAUGGACAGAAGACUGAUAAAAUGAACACAACAAUUACUGAUUUAGGUUAUUAUGCAAAAGCACCGACAAACUUAACAACAACUUCAAUGCAAGUGGAGUUACUUUACAAUGGGAGGACACUGGGAAUAACUGUACUUCUACUGUGUAUCAAGUGACUGUUAUUAGUUGUUCAUGUACAUCAACCAGUGUAUUGACGUAUAAUACUAGCAACACAGCUUUACAUAUAAA